AUACAUCAUUUAGCAUUUUUGAAUUCAUAUUCAAGAAGGCACAGUGAUCGUCUGUUGUCUAAACUCAAGCCUUCAUGCAGGAUGAAUCUGUUUGCAUACCGCGUUCGUUUUUUCUUUGCUUUUGUAUUGCAAGCAUUUCAGAAAAGUAGUUCAAGCGAUAGAGUGAAAAUUGACCUGAGAAAUGGCAUUGUACGUGGCGCCAGUCCCUUUAUUGAUAUCAUUUCUCUUCCAUCGAAAGGUCAAAGCCGGAAUGUGUGUGAUAGUCAAGCUCUAAUAAGAAUAGAUUUUCGUGGAACAAACGAGUCUGUUCUUUUUAAAUUCAACUAUGGAGAAGUGCCAAGAGGCUGGACAUUUACUAUUGCAGAUUGUCCAAAUGAUUACGGUUUCGGACACAAUUUUAAUUGGUCAAGCAACUGCGCAUCAACCCAAAUGAUUAACAGUCAACUCCUAUUUCACAUUUCACAACUGCCAGGCUAUCGUCGAGAGACUAUUGAUGGGCACUCUUUGCUGAAGGCCAUUGACGGUGUAGUGGAAAAUGGUGUUAACCUCAAUGUUAGUGUUUCCAACGGGUACGUAUCUUGGGGACCUGGUCGCAUUCUCAGGAAUAGCUACUUAUACACUCUGGAUGAUCAACUAACGACGUAUGGUCCUGUUGAAAAAUAUCUCUACCUUGCAGUCAAUCGUGUUCCUUACAGUAAUAUUCGCUCAGGAUCUGGAGUGUGUAAUGUCGAGAUAAUAAUGAAGAGGAAUAAUUUAGACAUGUGUAUGAAAAAGCGGAGAGCAUGCGGACCAAAUUCCGUUUGCAUUAAACAAAGUGGAAUUACUUACAAGUGUGUUUGUCAAUAUGGGUUUAGAAUGGAAGGAAAUACAUGCAGAGAUAUAGACGAGUGUCAUUUUAAAAAUGGAGGAUGUGCUCACUUGUGUAAAAACACACCUGGCAGUUAUGAAUGCAGUUGUAGAUCACUGCAAUAUGCUCUACAUGCUGAUAAACAUAACUGUGUUGAUCUUUCAAGAAAGAAUUUUAUCACGAGAAAAAUAAGGCUGAAAUUAAAAGUUCGACGAUGCAAAACAAAUGCCAAAAUAUCAUCGAACUUUCGUCGUGAUUUACGGCAACUGAUCUUAAAAGAAGUCUGUAGUGCUCCUUGUGAGAUCCAAGCAGUUACAUCAAGAUGUCGUUUCAAGAACAUUUAUUUCCUAUUAGCCAGCUUUGAAAUAAAAAUUGACAUUUAUUCAGUAGCACAACAGUCAUCAUGCAACUCGUCGUGCACACGUUGUAAAGCCGAGAUUCGACUUCAUAGAAUUGCUUUUAAUUUAAGAAAGUUGGUAAACUCGGGCAAGCUGUUUCUCUCAUUUAACGGAGACAAAUACCUAGUCAGAAGAAAAGAUAUCAGAGGAUUGAAAAAGAAACUAAAAUGUGCAAGGAACCCUAGGGGACAAAGCUCUUGUGCUCGAGGAAACUAUUUCAAAGUGUCUUCAAAUCGUUGUGUCGAAUGUCCAAGAGGUACUUACCAAAAUCAAGCGUCUGAGACCUUUUGCUAUCGUUGCCCUGGCAACAAAACGACAAUUGCGCCUGGUGCAAAGAGUAGAACGAAGUGCAUAGAAACAAAAUGUGGCUGGAAUGUAAAUAGCACCGUUUCGGGAUUUAUCUCAACUCCAAAUUUUCCAGAUCCUUAUCCUCCUGGAAUUACAUGUGAAUGGACAAUUGAUACAAUAAAAAAUCAUACAACGUUUUUCCUCAUUCCAAGACUCUCUCUUCCCUUUGACGUUCCAUGUGCAGAUUAUCUUGUCAUUCGAGAAAAUAAAAACCCUAACUCCGUUUAUACGUAUGAGACUUGCGAGAGUAACUCUGAUCCUAUAGUUAUAGUGGCGAGAAGUGCAAAACUCUACAUAAAAUUUCAUUCUAGUAGUAUACAAGGUGCUGUAGGAUUUAAGAUGCGCUUUGGUGGAUACAAAGACUCUGUACGCCAUGUAGUUGAGGACAUAAUUCAAGAUGGAAACAUGUUUAGUAGAAAAAGUCACAGGAAAUUACUGCAGAACGAGGACACAACAUCAGAUCUCUUUGCCGUGCUAGCUGAGCCUUUGGCUUUCCCAAUUUAUUACAAUGAUCAAUAUCUUUCAAAGCUUCCGUCAUCGUUUAUAGCAUUCAUCAGGAACAAAGUUUUAAAAUACUUUUUUGGUCAAAAAUAAAAAUAUAUAUGCACAAACUGUCGCUCUCAUCUCGAGAGCUCAAUUUUAGAAACGUUGUAACCGAACUAGUUUAAUAGUUUACGAAACAGAGUUUGUAAAAUAUAUUUUGUAGAUAAACGUUUUUACGUCAUCAUAAGUUUGUUCGUGUGUGCGUUGUCAUAGCAAUUAUGAAAUUUUUCUCCAAAAUACGAACAGUAAAACAGGAAAAAAUGCGAUGUUUUCAUAUGCCACAAGAUAGUUAAAUUCCUUGAAAUGAUAACAUUUUCAUUAGCAAUAAUAAUAAUGGAAUAAAGGUUUAAGUAUGAAUAAA